UCACUAGUAGAAAUCACCAACACCAAGGAUAAUUAAGCAUACCAAUAUCAACAUAUCAAUACUAACGUACUAACAUAUCAGCCAGCAUGGCCCUUCGUUUCGUCACACUCGACGUCUUCACGAACCAGCCAUACUUGGGCAAUCCCCUGGGCGUGGUCUUCCUCUCGAAGAACACGCCCAUCACGCAAGCCCAGAAACAACGGAUUGCAAGGGAAUUCAACCUAUCCGAAACAAUCUUCGUCCACCCUCGCGAUGAAUCUCCCCCCUGCUCCCGACGCAUCGACAUCUUCACCACAGACGAGGAACUGCCCUUUGCAGGCCACCCGACCAUCGGUGCCACCUCCUGGUUCCUUGAACACUCUCCCGACGCAGACGACCGGGCGAACGUGCACACUCUUCUCACCAAAGCCGGGCCGUUUUCCAUUUCGCGCGUCCCGUCCGCGGGGGAGGGCGCCGUCGCUGCAAAGAUCGCGCAUAACGUGCAUAUCCACUCAGCGCGAUUUGCCCUCUCGGAGCUCCUAAGACUGCACCCAUCACUGGAACCGUUCUUCCCCACGACGCCCCCUGCAAACGCUGCAGAGGAGGUUUCCUUCCCCGUCUUCUCCAUUGUCAAGGGCAUGAGCCAGGUUCUGGUCAGACUUCCCUCUCUGGAAGCCCUGGCAGCCACACAGUGUCCGCACGGCGGAGAAGCCAUCCCCUGCACAGCUGCGGCGGAGGGCGGCUACCUCGACGCAGGAUGGGAGAGUCAGGGUCUGGUUGUGAUUUAUUUCUACGUACCGGACGUGUACGACUCUGCCAUUGGGAAACCUGUCAUUCGGUCGCGCUUGUUUCUGCGGAACUUCGAGGACGCUGCGACGGGGAGCGCAGCGAGCGGGCUCGCAAGUUAUCUGGCUCUCACCGAGGCUGCCCCGGGAACAUCUCGGUAUACCGUCGUCCAGGGAGUGGAGAUGGGGAGGAGAUCGGAGAUCCACGUUGCCAUCGAGCUGGGAGAGGAUAAACGGCUGGAGAGCGUCGAGCUGGGCGGAUGUGCUGUUCAGGUUUCUUCGGGUGAGUUGGUUGUUUAAGAGUGACCAUCCAUGGAUACAGAGUUGCUCGUACAAAGGUUAUCUGUCAAGUUACUCCUUGCUGUUAGUAGUCUAUAUGACAGUAUAUGCUAGAUUAUAUUGCUGAAUGAUAAAUACUGA